UGUUCUGCAGACGACAGCUCGGCUCGAGUGGUUUUUACAUUGAAUAGUCUUAAGUUAUUAAUAACACAAUUGUACUGUUCUUUCAAGGAAAAAAGCCUGAAUUAAAAAUAAUAAUUUGGUAUAAAAUAUUUAAGUGUACCAACGCUACCUAACAAUAUUCAAUAUCAUGGCGCCCCAAAAAGGAAAACAAGGGACCAAGGGACAAAAACAGAUUGUUGAAGAAAAUUCAGAAACUCUGAAAUUUUAUUUACAAAUGGCAUUAAUUGCCAAUGGUAUCUACUAUGCCUUAGCGCUAACAGUAUUAAAUGACUGUUUUACUUGGUUUAAUAUUUUGAUGUUGCUGAUAGCCUCCGCAACAUAUGUCGCGUGUUACCAGUUCAUGGCUUACAUAUCAGUGGCCAAGUAUACGGAUGGUGGACAACUUAUAGACUCAGGAGUGGAUCUCAAUAUGGAGGGAGGACUUUCUGAGCAUGUUAAGGACCUCAUCAUUCUUACGUCUGCAGUGCAAGUUCUAUCAUUACUAUCAAACUACUUUUGGCUUCUGUGGCUGGCUGCACCAGGACGAGCGAUACAUUUGGCGUGGGCCAACAUUCUGUCCCCUUACUUCUUUCAACAAGCUCCUCCCCAGGAAAUAGACGAGAAGAAACAGCGCAAGAUGGAACGACGGAUGAAGCGAGGUCACUGACAGAGAAAAUGAAUGGGAAAUGUGGUGUCUUGUUAGCAGUAAUACAUUGUUUUAUAUUUCGACGAGGGAAAGUUUUAUAUCGAAUUGUGUACAUGUGAAGUAUUGUCAAUUUUUACAAGUUAUGUGUUCAGUAAGUUAUAUUGGUGUAAAUGAUUUAGUAAAGGUAAUUUAUUAUUUUGUUUACAGUUGUUAUCAAUCUUAAUAACAUUGCUUUCAUUUGUUGGAAGUUAAGGAUUAUAAAGGUGUAAGGUUUAUUUUUUAUGAAAAAAUGCAAUUAGCUAAUUAUAAAUCAAGAAAUAUACAGUAUAAGAGGAAAUUUUUAAGUUUCAUUUUUGAAACGGGUUGCUCCAAUUGUCAAUUGUUUUUAUUUCCUCAAGUUAUUGCACAUUUAACUCUGUAUCAAUAUGCAAUACUUAUCACAAAGCUCAAAACUAUAAAAGUACCACAUAAUGUGAGUACAUUAGAACCCCUGAUAUAUCGUCUCGGUAUAUUUAAAAAAUUAUAAUUAAGCAGCCUAUUGUAAAAUUUCAACUUGAUUAUUUUCUUAAAAAAGAGCGGAGUUAAUUUGAAAUAGAGUUUGCAACUUUCGACAUAGCAAAAUGUGUGAGUGAGAGCGUUAAAAAUUAUAUCUUGUAAAUAUGUUGUGUAAGUAUUUUGAAUUUAAAUGGUACAAGCUUACAACUCGUUAAUUUAAGGUUUUGUUAAGAAACACAAAAAUACAAGUUUUAUAACUGUUA